CCUUUAGUGAAGAGCACAGCCUUUGGCUCAAUCGUGGGUCUGGGCGUCGGCGGCGCUCUUGAGAUGCAACGCGUGGCCAACAGAGAGGUCGGCCGCGCCUACAACUCAAAGACUUAUUGGGCCAAAUUAGAGCUGACAACUUAUGACCGCUUUUCCGAUGAAAUUCAAUCAGUUAUGUCCGGAAUUCUUGAGGGAUAUAUCACUGGAGAGUUAAUUCAUAUGAAUUAUCGCAAUAACAUUGAGGGCUUGUGUGACAAACGACAGAGAUUUUGCGAAUUACUUAAACAAUUCAAAGAAAAUAACACCAAAUUUGUUGAGGAAAUGAUCGCUAAGAACAAGAAUAAUGAUUAUUGGCAUCAAUUGGAUCUGAUUUACAAACAGAUCAACGGAUUAGAAGCCGGUUAUCACUUAUGGAAAGUACAAAAUGACAUCAAGAAUACGACCGAAAGUCAGUAUUUGAGUGAAAUAUUUUGGAUAAACGUGGGCUCAGAGAUGUAUAAUCUCGAGCGGAUCCUAACGCCCGACUCGACAACUCUUCGCUAUAGAGACCACUGUUCGGCAAUUGUCAAGCCGUUGGCCGACGGCAGCGAUCUGUUUGUCGCUCACAACACGUGGAGUGGUUUGGAGACAAUGUUACGAGUGAUGAAGAGGUAUAGCUUUGCGUUCAAUACAGUGGCCAAUAAGACGAAGAAAAUUGCCGGCCAUUCGGUGUCCUUCUCGUCGUCGCCGGGCUUUAUCUUCUCCGGCGAUGACUACUAUGUCUUAUCGUCCAAACUCGUGGUUCAGGAGACAACUAAUCAUAACUAUAAUCAAUCCCUGUAUCAACACAUUCGGGCCGAUAAUAUACUCUUUGAAUUCAUUCGCAAUGUUGUGGCCAAUCGUUUGGCCGAUUCGGGCAAAGAGUGGACAGAUUUGUUCGCGCAGUACAAUAGCGGCACUUAUAAUAACCAGUUUAUGAUCGUUGACUAUAAGCUGUUCAAAAAGGGCACAAAAGGCUAUUGGGCCUCAUAUAAUGUGCCCUAUUUUAAGGAUAUCUAUGAUCGCAGCGGUAAUGCCGAAGAAUAUGCCAAAUUGGGCCCAUUUUACAGCUAUAACGAUACGGCGCGCGCCCUUAUCUUCCGUCGGGAUCAGUCAAAGAUUGUCGAUUUGAAGACAUUGUUUUCACUCAUGCGUUACAAUGACUUUAAAAAGGAUCCGCUGUCUGAGUGCCGAAUCUAUAACAAAGUAUGCGUUCCUCCCUAUUCUGCCGACCUGUCCAUCGCUGCCCGCAAUGAUCUCAACGACGUGAACGGCAAAUACCCGAUCGACGGUUGGGCUCAUAGGGCUGAGGGCGCCACCGACGCCAAGAUGACCAAUUCAUCGAUGGUCGAAGAGUUGGAACUGUUGGCCGUCAGCGGACCCACUGAUCAACAACAGCCUCCCUUUCAAUGGUCAAAAAGUGGAUUCAAAAAUAACCAUUUCGGUCAACCUGAUUCUAAUCACGUCCGGUGUCUCAACGACUUCGUGACGGCGCAGAUCGCUUUCUACGCCCGUUGUAAUCAACACAUGUGUGAUCUGCAACGGGAACUGUCGACCGGUGCCAACAUAUCCAGUAUUCGCGGUCACGUCAAUGACUUAACCUCUCCCUCGGACGACAUAAAGCCGACGCUACCGCCCGGCAAACGAUACGCUAAAGCUCUCUAUGAUUAUGACUCAAAAGACGGCACAGAACUGUCACUUUUGGCCAACGAAGUGAUUAUUGUCUCACAAUCUGUUGAUUUGGACGCUGAUUGGAUGCAAGGAGAAAGAGGCGCCCAAAAGGGUAGAGUUCCGUUGGCUUAUCUCGAGAUUCUUAACUGAUUUGCAAACUAUAUUUAAAUUAAUUUUUUCUAUUUCUUAAUAACAUUCAGAUUUAUUUAUAAUUUGAAAUAAAUUAUAAGUUUAUAUAUUAAAAACAUUAUUAACUAAUCAUUGAAUUUCAAUCAACAUUUCCAUAAUAUGUGCAAAUAUUUAGGACAUGUUUAUUGUAUAACUGAAUGGCAAUCUUUUAUCAUGUUUUUAAUUGAUAAUCGAUAUUAAUUGUUGAAAUAUAUGGUCAUUUUAUUGUGAUAUUAAUUGUAACGAAAAAAUAUCUGAAUGUUUGAAUCAAUUAUAUAAAUCAUAAAUUAAUAAUAAUUGUAAUAUUAAUAAUUAUUAUAACUUAAUUAAUUCACAUAUAAUUAUAAUUAAAUGAAAAAA